AUUAACACUGUCACAUGAAAGAUGUGCAGACAUGAAGUGAGAUGGGAGUUGGUACUCUCGCGUAGCCUACAAUUCAAAUGAAAAGGAUACGUCAACACUUUUAAAGAUUAUUGUGAAUUUUAUCUGUUGUCAGACUGGUAUUGGCUUGGGAUACAAUAGACCUGCCGGAUACGUAAAGGGGAAAGCCCGCAGCCAAGGUAUCGAGGGUGGUGGCUUUUUUGAACACAACAGUUCGUCUUAGAACUUCAGAAUAUGGAGACUUGUACUAAUAGACGACCUUUCGAUUUGACUCAACUGUCUACUGCAAUGGAUAUAGGAUUUUCACAUACCAACGGGACUAAGAACCGAUAAUUGAUCCGCUAAAUGUUUAAUUAUCUCCUCUUAAUUUUUCGGUAUUAAUAAUCAAUCAGAAGUUAACAUGAUACAGCCAGAGAUUUGUUUUUACUUUGCCUAAAUACUGGGUAUCCAAAACGGAUUAAGACCUCAUCUGCAGUAGGACUCAACCUUUAAAAGGAAGAAGAUGCCUUUUCAUCAUGUACGAGCAGGGCUGCUGUACACAGACAACUACCUGACCCAUUCCCUCUCUUCAAUCAGUGAGGAACAGCUAGCCAACAUCUCGACAGAAGAGCUUGGUGAGAUCCGAGAGGCAUUCCGGGUGCUAGACAGGGAUGGGAAUGGCUUCAUAUCCAAGCAGGAGCUGGGCAUGGCCAUGCGCUCUCUGGGAUACAUGCCCAGCGAGGUGGAGCUAGCCAUCAUUAUGCAGAGGCUGGACAUGGAUGGUGAUGGACAAGUAGACUUUGAUGAGUUCAUGACCAUCCUGGGCCCUAAACUUCUCUCAUCUGAGACCAGAGAAGGAUUCCUAGGCAGCACGAUAGACAGCAUCUUCUGGCAGUUUGACAUGCAGCAGAUGUCUCUGGAGGAGCUGAAACAAGUCCUAUUCCAUGCCUUUCGGGACCAUCUAACCAUGAAGGACAUCGAAAACAUCAUUGUCAAUGAGGAGGAGAGCCUAAAGGAGAACUCAGGAACCUGUCAGACUGAAUUUGAGGGAGUGCAUUCUAAAAAGAAGAAUCGGCAGACAUGCAUCCGCAAGAGCCUCAUCUGUGCUUUUGCAAUGGCCUUCAUUAUCAGCGUCAUGCUUAUUGCAGCCAAUCAGAUGCUGCGUAAUGGUAUGGAGUAGCCCUGUCCACUGUGAACCCUGGGUAAUUUUACCUGUGCUCCAUCUACCUUUCAAGUGGCAAAACAAAACUUAGCCACAAACAGCAACAAAGAAAAACUGUAUAAAAAAUUGAUAUGUAUCCUUUUGUAAUUGGACUUGUGGUGAGAAAGCUUCCCACUGUAUAUAAAGAACCAGGCCAGUAAUAUGACAGUGGUGGUAAAACUGAGUGGUAAGACUCUUAGAACUCAUCCAGAUUCCAAACAUGUGGAUGUAAUAAAAGACAAAUACUAAUGACAUAAUGAAACUACACUAAGAGGUGUUUACCCUCCCAUCUCUCUGACAGGGAGACACAAGGGCUUCUCCCUGACACCCCUUUAAUGCAAUAAAACCCAAGGUCCCCUUUCCUGCAUUUGUUUGUCUCUCACAUCCUCUUUCCAGCUGUCAAAGCAAGGACAUCUCUCCAGAUGGUAUCAGACUUCAGAACAUCUGAGAUUAUAGUAAUGAGGAGAACACUAAAGGCAUUGGCUUCCUGCAAAUAUCUCCCAUCAAACUUGACUCAUUGCCUAUGUGCAUCUCCACACGUGCAUGCUUGUGUAACUUUUUCAUUCCUACUGCUCUGUUUUCAUCUGUGUAAACCUGUCUGAGACUGAGUGGUAAUAUUACUUAUUUUUGAAUAAACACACAAUGAUAACAAUUUUUUGAACAUAGUAGGAGUCAAAUAAUGUCUAGCUAGGAACACUAAAUAAUGAGUGAUUGAACAAAGCUUUUGUUUGUUUUGAAGGCUUUGUGAAAGCACAAUAAAUGUUCUCUGAAUCUAUAUAAAAUAAUGCAA